AAAGACCGCACAUGAUCACUGCCGAAUUAGAAGAAACAGAAAGAAGAGAAUUUAGACUUUAUUAGGCCUACUAGUAAAUAAUUUCAAAUCAUGGGGAGUAGCAGUCGCUCCAGGUCUAGAUCCCUCUCCCGAUCGCGCUCAAAGAGUCCUAUACGACUGGAUAGAUUUGGUAGAGUCAUACCAAAAGACAGAGAUAGAAGUCGAAGUCGCAGUCCCAUUCGAGCUUAUCCCAGAAUCAGACGGAGAAGCCCGCUAAAAGUUAUUCUACGACGGCGAAGGUCAAGGUCACGGUCAAGAUCAAGAAGCUCUCAAAGGAGGCAUUACAGGCCUAGGAGCAGCUCUCGACGCUCAACAUCAAGAAGACGAUCUCGCAGCAGAAGUAGAAGCCGUGGCAAAAGUCGCAGCAGAUCUCGCUCAGAACAGAGGGAAAAGUCGCCUGGAAUACAUGGUUCAACAAAUAUUCAUGAUGUAGGACUCAUGAAAGCGAGAGUUUUUAUCGGGAAUUUACCCUACGAUAAGAUUACUAAGGAAGAACUGGAAGUUAUGUUUUCCAAAUAUGGAAAGAUUCUAGGCAUUUCCACACACGAACGAGGCUUUGGUUUUGUGCAGUUUUCCAGUGAAGAGGAAGGAUUAGAAGCAGUAAAGAACGAAGACGGAGGCCUCCUAAAGGGUUUUAAACUUGACGUUAAAAUGGCCCUGGAAGGCAGAAGAGGAGGAGGUAAACCACCCCCACGGCCUGGUCCUCGUGGGUCUUCACCAGGACCAUACGCAGACAGAUUUGCCCCCAAACCAGGCAGUAGAGAAGGGCUUCCCCCUGGGCCACCAGCUGAAGACAGGUAUCCCCCACCAGCAGGAGGGAGACGUCCACCCCCAGGAGCUCCAUUGGAGGGACGGGAACGUUCACCACUUCGUGGCGACCCUUAUGAGGACAGAUAUAGAGAUCCCUACAGAGACCCAGCACUGCCCCCACCCAGAAGAGAUGAUCCAUACUACUCUGAUCCAUACAGACGACCACCUCCAGAUGACCCAUAUUUUGAUAGAUACAGAGAUGAUCCAUACAGAUACAGACGGGAACCUUAUGGAGACCCUUACAGAGAUCCAUACUACAGGGACUACUACGAUGCUGCACCUGCCCCCAGAAAACCUCCACCCCCUGCAGAUGUAGAAGUUGUCCUGCUUAAUAACAAAAUGAAAGGCUAUGGAGAAUUUAUUGAGAGGAAACUAGUUGCUAAGUCCAUGACAGCAGUCUUGACUGUUAUACCGGAGGACCGCACCAUACCCCAGAUGAUCGAGGAGGCCUCCAAACGGGGGCAUCUGUUUGCUAUUGUCAUCAACAGCCAAAAUGAGGUCCACCAGUCUUUGACUCUUAAUAUCCUGCAUGGUACCCCACAGGAACACAGAAACAUGCCGGUUGAAGAUGCAAUAACAUUGGUUGGACGCAGCUUUGAAACCUACAUGCAAACAGCUCGAGAAAAAGCCGCACCGGCGGCUGCGCCUCCACCCGAGAGAGGCGCCCCUCCCCCUUCUGCCCGAGCUCCUCCCCCUUUUCUGCCCCCAGGACCUGAUAUAACAUAUCUGUUAAACUUGUUAGCUGACAAUCGUCAGUUAACCUUAGAGGAAAUAGACAAAGUUAUUGGGUAUCUGAGGGAGAGAAGAGAUAAAAUGCUUGACACAGAAGGAAGGAGGCCACCUGAAGCAGGAUAUGGUGCGGGGGACCUGAGGAAGGAAGACAACAGCCUGCAACAGCAGCAGCAGGAGCUUCAAGCCAAAAUCCUAAGUAUUCUUAAUGGUCCAGGUGAAUCUGGUGCACCUCAAGCCCCAAAACCAGGUCCAGGGUUAGGAGUGGGAAAUGGUGGCCCUAUAGGGGGAGGUGGUCAAUCUGGAAUGUCCUCUUUGAUCAAUUUUGAUAAUCCACAUGUUCAAAAAGCCCUUGAUAACCUUAUCCAAAGUGGCCCAAAUCUGUUGAAGAAUAUAUCUUCACCACCAGCAAGUAAACCUGCGGGAGUAGGCAUCAUGAGUCGAGAGGGCGAGCCCAUAAGAAGAGAGGGUCUAGGAGGUUAUGGAGGGAUGGCUGGAAGUGCUCCCAUGCAGCAGCAUGGCCAGGUUGGAGGUCAAGGAGGCCCUGGAGGAAUGCAGCCUUCUCAGAGGCUCAUGUAUGGGAGUGGACCUGGAGCUGCACCCCCCAGACCCGGGGUCCCAGGGCAAGGAAUGAGGCGAUAUUGAUCCUCUGCCAAUAUUUCACUGACACAUCACUUUUCAUGUAAUAAAGUCAUUUAGAUCAUACCCCAAGAGAAUAACAUUUUAAUUCAUCACUUUCAUAAUUCCCAUUCUUUAGAAAAAUUGGAAUGUUGUUUUGUACAGCUCAGUUUCACACUGUUUUAUCAUCAUUCAUAGCUGUUUGCUUUGCUGUUAAUCAUCUACACACUGAAAUAAGUAAUGAAUAAAAGAAAUAAAAAGGUAUAAAACAGGC